AUAAUCUACUGCAGUUAUAAAUUGCAGCAUUUGGAAAUUGCAACAGUCAUGCCUCAAACGGACAACAGUUAUGAACAAAGAGAUGUUCGUUAGUUACUGGGUCUUGUUUAUCAUUAGUUCGGCAUACUUUGGUUACGCCGUGGGUAAUGUUUUGAUGAGACGAGAUGAUAUCGACAUCUAUGAAGAAAAACCGGAUGACUUUGAAAUCUUAAAUGCUACAUACGAUUACAUAAACGAUACACACAUUGAGGACGGUUGCCCUGGCUUGUCUGCCUGUUUUUCUGAACCAUCGAAUGCAUCUGACCAUGAAGGAAAUAUGUACCUUGGAGAAAAUUUCUUCACCGAUUAUUGCAAGUAUGUCCAGGAACUUGUUGAUUGUGUGGACGAGUUGGAUAUUUUAAAUUCCCCAGGAUGUGGUGACCGAACAGUAUUCCUGUCAAUGUACAAGACAAAAGAAACAAGUCUUUGCAUCAAUCCUAUAUACCCUAUCCUAAGGAACUUGCGACAGUGUAUGAACAGCCUGAACAAGAAGCUUGAUAACUAUACUGAGACAGUGCUUACCCUAAUGGGACUCCCGAGACAGGAUCUCACAGAAAAUAAUAACAAUGUGUCCAAAGAGUCUUUCUGUGG